AUGUUUGCGCGUCAAUCUCUUCGCUUUGCUCAACCCUUGAAGCAGGGCUUCCGCAAAUACUCCACGGAGGCACCCUCCAAGGGCAAGUCUUCUCUCGCUCCCAUCUACGUCGCGGUCGGUCUCACUGGUCUCGGUGUGGGAUUGUACCGGUACAACUCUGCCAGCGCUGAGGCUCCCCUUGCCGAGCGCUCGAAGGUUUUUACCGGUGGUGAGCAGGGUUGGGUUGAUCUCAAGUUGGCUGAGAUCGAGAGACUGAGCCCCAACACCAAGAGACUGCGUUUUGAGUUUCCUGACAAGGAGGCUGUCUCUGGUCUUCAUGUCGCAUCUGCCCUGUUGACCAAGUUCAAGCCGCACGACGCCGAGAAGCCUGUGAUCCGUCCCUACACACCCGUGAGUGAUGAAGAGCAACCCGGCUACCUCGACCUCGUCGUCAAGGUCUACCCCAAUGGCCCCAUGUCCGAGCACCUGCACAGCAUGAACGUCGACCAACGCCUGCAGUUCAAGGGACCCAUUCCCAAGUAUCCCUGGGAGGCCAACAAGCACAAGCACAUCUGCCUGAUUGCCGGUGGCACUGGUAUCACCCCCAUGUACCAGCUGGCUCGCAAGAUCUUCAAGGAUCCCGAGGACCAGACCAAGGUCACCCUUGUCUUCGGCAACGUCCGUGAGGAGGACAUCCUCCUGAAGAAAGAGUUCGAAGAGCUGGAGAAUACCUACCCCCGCCGCUUCCGGGCUUUCUACGUGCUGGACAACCCUCCCCAGGAGUGGACCGGCGGCAAGGGCUACAUCACCAAGGAGCUCCUGAAGACUGUCCUCCCCGAACCCAAGGAGGAGAACAUCAAGAUCUUUGUGUGUGGACCUCCCGGCAUGUACAAGGCCAUCAGCGGACCCAAGGUCAGCCCCAAGGACCAGGGUGAGCUUACCGGUAUCCUUGCGGAGCUGGGAUACAACAAGGACCAGGUGUUCAAGUUCUAA